AUGUUGAUUACUCUAGAAUGCAUUCUACUUGCGUUACAGGCGGUUGCUGCAGUUCGAGUUUCAUUAGAUUCACCUUUUGAAAGUGCCGGCCAAUCAAACAAUAGGCUGUCAAAACGAUCACCCGUUGAAUUGGGUGGUGAUGCUGGACAAUGUUACACAAUCAAAUCCAAUGUUGAUGGAGUUGAUUUGAAUUUACGAGUCGAAUCAGAUUUCUCUGAUGUAGUUGUACCACUUCCUAGUUCAAAUGACGAUGUAGGUUUGGCUAUACAAAGUAUUUCAAGUGGGGAACCCGUUACUAUAAAGUACAGGGGCAAAAAGUAUAAUGGAGUUAGUUCCACAGCCGCUGUGACGAUUCCGGGUACUAGGAUAACUGACAUCAAUUUACCAGUAAUAGCAGUUGAAAAACAAUCGGCAGAUAUAGUUGGUAUCAGUCCAGGGUUUGAUGGAGUAUUUGGAUUUGGCUAUCCCUCGUUGUCAAAACAUCAUUCACGAGUCCCUGCGAUAGAUGCUUUGUAUAAUGAUGGUGCCAUUCCCAAUAACGAGAUUGGUCUUCAACUAUGUCCUUAUGGCAUGACUUCAGAGAGCUUCAUCAAUAUAGGAAACACGGACGUAACUGCAAAAUGUGGAACAGAUGGAACAAGUGUUGCAUGGGUACAAUCACCAUCAAAUGAUGAAUUUACUGUCAACAUCAAGAGUAUACUAGUCAAUGGCAAAAAAGUGGAUCUACCCGAUGAAUUCCAAAAAAAAGUAAAGCAUGGACAUACUUUGUACUCGGUUAUACAUACAUGUUGUACAUUUAUGCAUUUCCCUAGAGUAGUAGUGAAAGCGUUGGUUGAUGCUAUUGUUGAUAGUGGUGCGAUUACUGUCAGAAAGACUAAAUCCGAACACAAGCGCAAGCUCAAUCCGGAAGAAAUUGAUGGCAUAUUUUUGAAACAUUAUCUAGUGCCCACAUCCAACUACAAUAUCAAGUGGGAAAAGCUGCCGUCGUUUUCAAUUACAAUGUUUUCUGAAAACCCCGUAACUGAUGACAAUCGCAACUCCGUUGUAGAGAUCAAACUGGGUCCUAGAGACUAUAUGCAGAGAUAUGAUUCUGAAAAAUUUGUGUUUGCUAUAAGAGUUGGCUCAAAUGACAGAGCAGUUCUUGCUAUAUCAUUUAUGACCCGACUUAUAUUGACAUUUGAUCGAGUACAUAAACGCAUUGGGUUUGGUCCUGGAUGUGGAUGCGAAGUCGCGACUGAUGGAUAUCCUACUAUUUCAAACAGUGAUCAAGUGCUCUGGUCAUCAUCACAUGUUAGAUUGCCUGAACAACCAAGUACUUCAAGUUCAGAUGGCAGAUCUACUCUUAGGAGAUCGUUGCGACUUGGUAGUACUCUCCGUGGUACCAAGCGGCUAAAGUUUGGUUACAAGAAAAUUUGA